AUGGCUACUAAAUAUCCGGGUGGUUCACGAUUUGAACCAACGGAGUUGGGGUUGGUGAAGCGGUAUCUCAAGAACAAGGUGGAGAAGAACGAUAGCGAUUGCAUCAAAACGUUGAACGUGUACGGAGACGCGCCGUGGCUUCUCCAUCACGACACAAACCCUCUGUAUGCUAGAAACGAAUGGUACUAUUUUGUUCCGAGGACAGUAAGAGGUGUCAAGACAGUGAGCCGGAUGGUACCAGGAAACGGAGAAAGCUUCUUAGGGGGCACGUGGAAAUCAGUAGGUAAGAGAAAAGAAAUAAAGAAGAAUAAGGAGCUGAAGGGGUACAAGCGUGUACUAGUGUUCAACAAGAACGUGGCUGGGAAGCUAGAGAAGGAGAAGACGGACUGGCACAUGGAUGAGUAUUCCCUUCACAAGAAUGGUGAUGAGUUCCAUGAUUUGGUCUUGUGUCAUGUCAGACUUCUGAAUAGUGCCGAGAGAUUCAAACCUCUUGUCCCUCCUGCUCAUCAGCUUGAUGACAACAAUGACAACCACGUCUUACCGAACCAAGAGCAGCAAGAAGCUGGUUUUGCUAUGCAAGAGUACAAAGGUGGCGACGUCAAUCAACAUCAGCAACAACAAGAAGAAGAACAAGAAGAUUCACGUAUGCCUUUACAGAGCAACUACAACCAAGGACAGUAUCUAUUGGAAGCUAAUGUUUGUCAGAAUGACAUGAUGAUGCUAGAGAAUGACCGUGGCUACUUAAAUCAACAUCAGCAUCAACAACAACAACAACAACAACAAGAGCAAGAAGGUUCACUUAUUCUUUCACAUCCUCCUUUGGAGAUCAACAACAACCAAGAACCGUGUCCGUCUGAUGAUCUUGCUUAUCAUGGCGCAAAGGAUGAUAUGACUGGCUAUGGACUCAUGCCAAAUUUUAACGACGCCAAUCAACAACAUGAGCAGCAACAAGAUUCACCCACUCUUCUCCAUCCUCCUCUUCAGAUCAACGACAACCAAGAACAUCAUCCAUUAGAAGAUUAUGCUUUUGAUGGCGCAGAUGAUAAUGUAACGUUUGACAUUGAUGAACUCUUGAAUAGUCUAGACGAAUGGAAAGAGCAAGAAGAUUCACCACCCAGUCUUCUCUUUCCUCCUCUUCAGAGCAACGACAACCACGGACAGUGUCCUCCUCUUGUCCCAUCUCAGGUGGAGAACCACAACAACACCGUCGUACCGAACCAAGAGCAACGAGAAGCUCUUGGUUUUGCUAAUCAGAAUGACAUGCCGAUGAUAAAGAAAGAACGUGGAGACGACGUCGAACAACAGCAGCAACAACAAGAUCAAGAGCAACUUCAAAAAGUUCUAAUGAGUUUUCUUCUUGCUCCUUCGUGGGACACGGAUUUCAUUUUUGAUGAAGCAGACGCAGAGGAUGACUUCAUUAAGGAAAUUUUGGACGUACACUGUACUCAAGAACAGCUACAAGAGCUGGAAGAAGAGCAAUCAAAAGCGCUGCAACGGGUUCCUCAAGCUCAAGACUCGGGAGUACGUGCGGAUCAAGUCAUGCCUAAAGAAUCAAGUCAGGGGUUUCUAUUCACAAAUACUCAAACUUAA